AUGCGCACCCACGACGAAUUCACCCAUGAUCUUGACGCAGACGCCUCCUCGUCCCUCGACGACCGGCGCAAACGGACCAAAACCACCCACGUCACGCGCCGCAUCUGCUACGACUGGAUGAUCGUCUCGGGGAACUGCCACUACGCGCGCGACCGCGCCUCGUUCACCCACUACCGGCCCGUGCAGCAACGGAUCAAGAACAACGUCUUCAGUCCGCAGGAGGAGCUCGAGGUCGCCGGGGUGGGAACGGUCGAGCUGCGGGUUUGCCGGACGGUCAGGGACGGGGGCGCGAGCUCGCAUGUGAUUGUGCUGGAGGAUGUGCUGCAUAUCCCUGAGGCGGUGUGUAAUGGGUUCAACCCGUUGCUGUAUGGGAGUAGCAUGUCGUGUAACAUGGAGUAUUGGGAGGGGGCGGACCGACGCGGGGAGCCGGUUUGGUUUGCGGUGCCGUAUGCUGGGGGGACGAGGCUGGUGCUUGCGGGGGAUCCGAGGGGGGAGUCGGAGUUGAUCCAGGGGAGGCAUUACACGUUGAGCUUGUCGAUUACGCCGCAGGAGAGGAGGGAGAUAUUUGAGAGUGCGAUGCGAUGUUGA